GAUCCCGAGCAAACGCCACCGUAUACCGCUCCCACGCAGCUCUAUAACUUCACCGGACUUUCUGCCCUACUGACCUUUUCCCGAUGGAUUCUCUCCGCGUUUGCGCUCUGUGCGUCGUGUUCAUCGCCGUCGCCAAGGCUUUUACGCACCAGGAUAUGAAGGACGCGCUGCUCCAGAAACUGGGUCUGGACGAGAUUCCCAACAUUGUCAAGAGGGAUUUGGAGAAUCUAAUUAUUCCGUCUCACAUCAAGAGCAAAUACACGUCCAUGCUGAAGCUGCAUCACAGCAGAAAGCGCAGAUCGUUGCCAAGUCUGGCAGGCAUUCUGAGAGGCAUUCCUGGCAAUGCAGAUAUCUCCGGGGAGUACGUGUAUUCUGACACUGCGCGUCAACGCAUGGUGUUCGAGAUGGACGCGCGGAUCCCGGCCAACAGCGAGGUCACCAUGGCCGAGCUCAAGCUCUACAAGAAGGCCCCCCACCACGCACGCCCCGCGGGGGGGGACAGGAAAGCCCACCGGCCCGUCAACAACGCCCGGGUCAGCGUCUACUGGGUGGACGUGUUGCCCAACGGCGCCAACCGCACGUCUCUGGUCGACUCACGGUUGAUCCCAAUCCACGAGACGGGCUGGAAGAGCUUUGAUGUGACCCAGGCGGUGCACUAUUGGUCCAAGGCCCAGAGGAAAACACCUAUGCACCUGGAGGUGUGGAUCGAGGGCGAGAGACCCGGCAGUUACGCGGCAGAAAUGGCCAAGAGUGUCCACUUUACCACCCAGGAGCAGGCCGGCAACACCCUGGGCAAGCCGGAGCUCAUCCUGUACACACUCAACCUCGAAGAAUACGGUUCUCGUGGCGACUGCGAUUCCAAUCAAAACAAAGACACGUGCUGCAGGGAACAGCACUUUGUCAAUUUCCGCGCGCUGACCUGGACGCAGUAUUGGAUCAUCGAGCCCGCGGGCUACCAGGCGUUCAGGUGCACGGGAGGCUGCAAGCAGCCCCGCCGCAACUACAACGGCUACAGCUACGGGGAGAGGCGCUGCACCGUGGCGGAGAGCGCGCCCCUGCCCAUCAUGUACCUGGUGAAGAAGGGCGAGUACACGGAGAUCGAGGUUGCCGAGUUCCCCAACAUGAUCGUGGAGCGGUGCGCCUGCACCAUGGACAAUGUGUCCAUGGUGUGAUGAUGAUCGGCGGUGGUGGUGGUGGUGAUCGAUGAGGAUAGUAACCAAACCAAAGAUAGUACUUUUCUAUUUAAAUUGGGAUGAAGUGAUUGGGAAGGGGGAUUUGGGGACGCGCCAGCUCUGCUACUGCUGCUGCAACGAACUCGCCAAGCACGUUUUUGUCCAGAAGCACUUAAAUGUAAUAUAUUUUGUAAUUAAGUGGACGUAACGUCGUAACGUUUUGACAUUUGUAUAGCUGGUAUGGGAUGCCAAAUGAAUAAUUACAUAGACUGUUCGACUGUUUUUUAUCACAGAGGUGUUUUUAUUUUGAACAUAAUUGUACAUAUGAAUAUGAAGUGACACAUUUUCAAACAAAAUAAAAAAAAUCUUGUUUCAUUAACAUCUUUUGCCUCUGUCUGUCAUCGGAACGCCAGGUGUUCUCCUAAUACGUUUAAAUGAAUGCAUCAAUCCAAGUGCAAUCGAUAAACAUACAAAGCUCAAGGCCUUUAACACCCUAGUUUACACUUUAAAUCACACAGCAAACAAUAUAUGGAGUACUCAGUCACUGACAAUGAUGAGAAAAUACAUUUAAGCACCAACCCCCCCCUCCCCUUCUCAAAAGUUAAAUGGCAUAUGGCCAUGGGUGUGUCAAGGCAAGUUUAUUUAUAUAGCACAUUUCAUCCAAUAUAGACUCAGCGUGUUCAGGUGUGGACGGCAGGGGGCGGUCUAGAGGGAGCAUAGUGAGAAACAUGCUCAGAAUCCACAUUAACUGAGAACAGUUCCUGUAUUUACAUUAGGCUUAGGGCAGGUAGAGAGGCUCCCGGGGGCCCAAAAGGUUGCAGAUCCGUAGCCAAUAGCAACGGCUCUGUUUGCUCGCCCACCAGGGGGUUAAAGGUCAUUCACUAAUAUGUUAGCAAAGAUGGCAAACCCACAAACACACAGGACAAAGCUGAAACAAAGCUGGCUGUCUGGCAGGGAAGUGGAUUCCCCGCUAACAGGCAGUGUUUGCCCGAGUGAAAGACAGACAGGAGACCGUCGGAGAUUGGGAAGGAGAACAUGAAUCUCAAUGAGGCAUUUACUUAUUUCAUCACUUCUCUUGUCAGUUGAUCCACAAACAGUAUAAUAAUUAUCCAAAGAGAUAUUUUUUCAGGGGCAAGGAAAUUACCUUUAUUGAAAUGUUUGAAGAGGUUAAGAUAAAAAAAAAAAACAGUUCUUAAUUUGGAACUUAAAUAUCAGCAUUGUUAAAAAAAAAUAAGCCUACACAUAAAAACAUAUCUUAAAUACUAGAUAUUUUGAUGAGCACAUAUUUUGUGUAGCAACAUAAAGAAUAUAUAUUUGCUAUCAUAUAUACUGUAAAACGGUUAACUUAGCUGCAGCAAGUACCCACUAUAUUUACAAGGGAGAUGGUAGAAUUUAUUCGUAAUACGUUGACAUUUGGUUACAAUAAUUGUAUAAACGAAUAUACUUUUUAAUUAUAAUCACAUUAAAUUAUCGGCUGAUAUCAGUUAAUGUAACAUUCAUGCAUGGUUCAAAAAGUGGUGACCUAUGUACACGUGUUAAUAAAUAUCAACAGUAUUAAAACAAAAAAACAAUUUCCAAUUUUGGUCUUCAUUAACACUGUAGGCAACCUCUCAACAGGAAAGUUGAGUUUAUUGUAGUUUACUUGUUCCAACAAUGAGGCGGCUAUUGGUGAUUGCCUCCCCCAAAAACUGUUCCAAUAGGGAUGUCGACUUUGCUCCACAACAUUCAACUGUUCUUCCUCAAUAGUUUGGGAAUAGGCUGUGCUUCUAAUUUGUCAGUUGGGACAGAGGUGUUUUAAUGGUGAACAUGUUGCGAUGUUGUGUAGCCCUUGUUUUAUCUGCUGGUGUCAAUGAAAGCCGUCAAAAGAUUCUUACUGCUGAAGCUGAAAUAUUUACAAACAAAAGAUACCAUGUCAAUCAUCAGAAUUGGAGUUUAUACAAAAAAAUGUGAAGACUAUAACGGACAGACCUCAUGCACGAAACACGUUUUUUAUAUUUCUGGACAAUUUUACUCACUUAUCAAUGAUUCAAUGUUUUUCAACAGCCCUCUAUGGAAAAAAACUCAAUAAAUUAGGUUAAAACUAAUUUCCUCACUGUACACCUGGAUAUUAUUUAAAAAAGAUUUUAGAUAAUUCAAAAUUAUUCAACUAUGCCAUGUAAGGCCUUAGCGUUACAAUUAAAUACGAAACCUGGCUGGGCAUAGAGCCAUGUGCAUUACAAUGGCUAAUGCCAAAUUGAAGUGUGUAGGGGUUGCCUAGGAGACUGCGCCCCUCAGACGCUGCUGCCUCCAGGUGAGACCCAUGUCCUCAUAGUUUGAACUAUAGCCAAUCGGGGGGCGCUAGUUCAAGGGCCCGUUUUAACCCACCUUGAACGCAAUCAAAAGCCACAAGCCAAAGAGGGUUUGUUAAAAAAAGCAAACGGGUCUUUUUAUUGCAAGUCUAUGGAUUUUUAGAUCACAGGCUUGGAAGUGGAAACAAAAAGGACACAAAAUGGAGCCGAAUAACUGUCUUAAAGUCACCAGGCGUGUGGGUAGUAUUGUUUGAUGACAGUGGUCUAAACAUAAACAAACUAACACUUAGCUUAGCUACCGAGCUCCCUGUUGGGGAGCAAAGGACUCUAUUCAAUACCGUGUUUCAUUAAGUUCUCACAAACUAAAUCAAGCAACAACAAAAAAAACAAUAUAUUUACAAUCCUAAAUAUAAAAAAGGAGAAAUCCAAA